AACACAAUAACCAUGAUGACGCCGGUGAGCGGCUCCCUCUCAGGGAAGGUCAGUCUGCCAUGUUCUUUCCCUACCAUCCCAACCUCUGCACCGGUCAUCAGUACCAAUGGAACAACCAUUGCCAGCAGAGAUUAUUUGCGUAUCAAAUGGACCAAAAUAGAAGGAGAGGUGGAGUCGACGGUGCUGGUGGCACAGAACGGCAUUAUCAAGAUAGGCUACAGCUACAGGAGCCGCGUGUCGGUGCCCAGCCACCCUGAGGAUGUGGGCGACGCCUCACUGACAGUGGUCAAGCUGCGCGCGAGUGAUGCCGGCACUUACCGCUGUGAGGUCCUGUACGGCAUUGACGACAUACAGGACACAGUUAACCUCAAUGUCGAUGGCGUUGUCUUUCACUACCGGGCAAGCACGAGCAGAUACAGCCUAGACUACCCGAAGGCUAUCCAGGCUUGUGAAAACAUUGGAGCCACCAUUGCUACACCUGACCAACUGAGAGCUGCCUAUGAGGAUGGAUUUGACCACUGUGAUGCCGGCUGGAUUGCAGACCAGACAGUGAGAUACCCAAUCACCAAUCCCAGACCUGGAUGUCACGGCAACCUACAUAACAAACCUGGGGUUAGGUCCUAUGGAGUCAGGAAGCCCACCGAGACCUAUGAUGUAUUCUGUUAUGUAGACAAGCUGGAUGGGGAAGUGUUUUAUGCACCUGUGACCCAUAAGAUGACUUUCGAGGAGGCCAAAGAAGAGUGCAUAAAAAGGAACAGCGUCUUAGCAUCCCCGGGUCAGCUCCACUCUGCCUGGCGACAUGGCCUAGACCAAUGUGACUAUGGCUGGCUUUCUGAUGGCAGCGCACGACACCCUGUUGCUGUACCCAAAAUAAAGUGCGGCGGAGGCCUGCUGGGUGUGAGGACCAUGUACCGCUACAGAAACCAAACUGGUUUCCCAGAACCCUCAAGGAAGCUAGGAGCUUACUGCUUUGGAGGCAUUCACUCAUGCACAGAGAACAUUUGUCUGAAUGGAGGCUCUUGCCAUAAGAGUGGCACUAUUCAUUCAUGCAGCUGUCCUCCUGGUUACACUGGAGAUCGCUGUGAGACAGAUAUUGAUGAGUGCCAGUCAAACCCUUGCCGUAAUGGGGGUACAUGUGUUGAUGGGUUGGCUUGCUUCACCUGUGUGUGCCUCCCUAGCUACUCUGGAUUGUAUUGUGAGGAGGAUACAGAAACAUGUGACUAUGGCUGGCACAAGUUCCAGGGACACUGCUACAAGUAUUUUCCCCAUAGAAGAAACUGGGACACAGCAGAGAGAGACUGUCGAAUGCAGGGGGCUCACCUAACCAGCAUCCUCUCCCAUGAGGAGCAGCAGUUUGUCAACCGUCUUGGACAGGAUUACCAGUGGAUCGGCCUGAAUGAUAAGAUGUAUGACAGCGACUUCCGCUGGACCGAUGGCAGCACUCUGCAAUAUGAGAACUGGAGGCCCAACCAGCCUGACAGCUUCUUCUCAUCUGGCGAGGACUGUGUAGUGAUGAUCUGGCACGAGGACGGCCAGUGGAACGAUGUCCCUUGUAACUACCACCUCACCUUCACCUGCAAGAAGGGCACAGUGUCCUGCAGUCAGCCCCCUCUGGUGGAGAAUGCGCGCACCUUCGGCAAGAAGCACGAGAGGUAUGAGAUCAACUCGCUGGUGAGGUAUCAGUGCCGCUCUGGCUUCAUUCAGAGACACCUCCCAGUCAUCCGGUGCCGUGGGGAUGGACGAUGGGACAUCCCCAAGAUCACUUGUAUGACCCCAUCAAAUUACCAGAGGUCCUAUACCAGAAGACACCAACACAAAAGCCUCUACAGCACGAACCGAUGGCCUGAGGAGGCUUCACAAUAUCGCCAGUGGCGCUACAGGGGAAGGCGAGACAGGACUGCACAUAAGCGAAGGAGUCGCUGAGUGUCACGUAACACGGCAUAGACUCCCUGUGACGACAACACAUGGCUGUCCCUUGUGUGAAAUUAAAGAAUUCUCAAAGUAAACGGACAAGAGGAAGAAGCCCUGAGGAUGAUUUGCAUUUUCCCCCCGAGUUCUGGAUGACGGUGGAAUCUUAUCAAGGGACCUUUUUUUAAAGACAACUUUUUAAAAAUGAUAUUCUUAUAAAGGGACUCUCUUUUAUAACUUUGCCAAAACCGAUAGAAUUCUUCAGCUGGCUUCUGGAAAUGAGAAAAGUUCCUCUCUUCUGAUGUAUUUUUUAAUCUAGAGAAGAUUUUCAUUAAUAUAAUACAUCCAUGUGUUAUGCCAUGUACAAUAACAAUACAUUCAUGACCAAACAUUAACAACGCCUUCAUACAGUGUUCUGAAAUGUCACCGUAAGUGUCCUUUAUACGUGAAAAGAUGCAUCUUUUAUGAAAUUAUAGCGCUUAUGUUAUAUAAAGGAAUUCAUUAUAUUGCAGUUUGAGCUGGACUUCAAUCAGUUUAAUGAGUAUGCAUACAAAACAUACUUACACUGAAGUCCUCCGCUAGCAGUAACCAAGUGGUUCAGUGUGAAGUAUGCUUGGUUUGUCAGAUCACCAACAGAGGCAUCAGUGAUAUCAACGAUUAUAUGGAUGCCUCGAAGUUUACGUUACUGCAAUGAAAUAAAAAGUAUGCAUAGGGCAACUGUCAGUAAAACAUACACAGCUUCAAUUUUUUUUUCAGUCUAUUUUAAUGAGAGGCAACAAGCAUAUGGUGAAACAUGCUUCCGUGGCUUUCCUCACAUUUCAGAUAACUAAACCAUAAAAGAUGCGUAAGGAAAUCUCCCCCUAUCAACUUCUAACUGCUGGAGAUCUUCAUUGUGAUGGCAGCUUUGGAACAAACAAACCACCAGUUUCUUCUCUCACCAGCUGCGUCCUCUACUGGAGGAUGCCAUUUACAUCUUUUUUUCUUUUUUUUUCCAGAACAAACAUUUAUAAACAGGUUUCUAGAGAGAGAAUAUGUGAGACUUUUUUUUCUUUUCCAGAACAAACAUUUAUAAACAGGUUUAUAGAGAGAGAAUAUGUGAGACUUUUUUUGUCUUUCUUCCAGAACAAACAAACAUAAACAGGUUUCUAGAGAGAGAAUGUGUGAGACUUUUUUUUUCCAGAACAAACAUUUAUAAACAGGUUUAUAGAGAGAAUAUGUGAGACUUUUUUUUUUCCAGAACAAACAUUUAUAAAUAGGUUUCUAGAGAGAGAAUAUGUGAGACUUUUUCUUACGGUAUCUGUCGUAUGGUAGAAAUACCAUGCAUUUUGAAUGAAGGCGUGAUCGCUCCAUGUGUUUAACAACAGAGCCUUUUUCCACUGAUAUAAAUCCAUAUAAAAAUGUCCAAAAAAAAAGUCAGCGAUAUAAAAACUAAAGAAGGGAUGUGUGGCUUAAGUAUGAAUAGCAUAUAAUUGCUGAUGAAAAUGUGUUUCUACAAUUAAGUGCACAACUUGGAACUUUCUGUGUUUACAAUAGCUGAGACGCCAUGCACGGUUUCAUACCACAGCCGCUUUUCUUUCCCGCGCUAUAACUUUCCCUAGUUUUAUAGAUAGCACUGCUUACUUCUUUUUUCCUCCUCUAAUUUUUCUGUUGUCUUUGGUACGUUGGCUGUCGAGAGAAUGUAUUUUGUGAAACAUUCAAAACUUGAAAAUGAACAUGAUGCCUGUUAACCAGAGAUGCCUAUAAUUUAUAUUCAAGCUGCUCUCAUUGUCUGAGUGGAAUGCAAUGAAGAUGAUCAUUUACUCCAGAGUGGAUUGGCCUCUUUACAGCAUAAUGUACAGGCCAGGAAUGGACCAAAGAGAAUGGUCGGCCCAGUCACCUGCAAUAGUCUCUCAUCUAACACUACAAAGAAAUUACUUUUGCUAAUUUUACAACGUUACUUGUAACAUGUGUGGUCUCUGGCAGUUGUUCUUUUUUGAUGGGAAAAAAAUGUUUAUUGUUUCGUUUGUUUGUCUGUGAGUGUGGUGUGCAUGUGUGUGAUUCAACAUAAAAGUGCACAUAAUAUCAUUUUAUAUUUAUAGGUUAACAAAUUAUUAUUUUUUUGUUCUUUUACAAUGUGAAUGUCUGGGACGUUAUUGAAUUGUUUAAAAAAAAGAAAAAAAGAUUGGACUGUUUUCCUGCUCUCCGUCACAAUGAAAUAAAAUCAAAAUGUAU